AUGGCCCGCACCAAACAAACCGCUCGCAAAUCUACCGGCGGCAAGGCGCCAAGGAAGCAGCUGGCGACCAAGGCCGCAAGGAAGUCCGCUCCGGCGACCGCCGGAGUGAAGAAGCCCCACAGGUUCAGGCCCGGAACCGUCGCCCUCCGCGAGAUUCGAAAGUACCAGAAGAGCACAGAGCUCUUGAUCCGCAAGCUGCCCUUCCAGCGCCUGGUUCGCGAAAUUGCACAGGACUUCAAAACCGACCUCAGGUUCCAGAGCUCUGCCGUUUCGGCUCUCCAGGAAGCUGCCGAGGCUUACCUUGUGGGUCUCUUCGAGGACACCAAUCUCUGCGCCAUUCACGCCAAGAGGGUCACUAUCAUGCCCAAGGACAUUCAGCUCGCCAGACGCAUCAAGGGAAGACGACCUCGACGCCGCGGACGACGACCUCGACGACUCCCCGCGGCAGGCGGCGGCGGAGGGGGAGAGCCAAUUGGGGAUUUGGUGGUGGAGUGGCGGCGGGGGGCAAUUGGAGGGGAAUUUGGUGGGGAAGGGGACGGGAGGAGGAAUUCGAGGAAGAGGAAGCGUUUGGGAGUGUUGAUGGGCUUGAGUCCAUUUGCUGUUGUUGCCACCACUGGUUCUGUUGUUGUUGUUCGGAUGGGAUUUGGUGGUAGAAAUUGA